UGCCGGGACGGAAACAGAACGGAAAAUGGCCGAAGUUGUCCAACCGCACCCCGGAAUAGCUGCACUAAAGAAUUCCCGGUGCUGGUAGCUGAGCCCGAGCGCGGCGCCAUGAGUGCAGACGAGAGCCCUGAUUGGCUGGGGGAGCUGCUGGCGGAGGUGCAGCUGGAGCAGUUCUUGCCGAAGCUUCGGGACGAGCUGCACGUGACCAGACUGUCCCACUUCGACUACGUGAAGGGGGAGGAUCUGGAGAAGGUUGGGAUGGGCAAGCCGGGGCAGCGCAGGCUGAUGGAGGCCAUCAAGAGGAAAAAAGCUGCGCAGAGAAAGUCAUGGCUGGGAAAGGUGCUGCUAAGAAAAGAGCCUGAGUGCCCCAGUAAACCUUCCUUCACAGCGAAGCGGCCCUCCCCCACCUCCACCACCACUCCCAUGUCCUUCAACACCUCCCAGCUCACCUGUCUCAUCAGUGAGAAGGAACUGUGUCUGUACGAGAAACUCGGGGACGGGUCAUUCGGGGUCGUCAGGAAAGGGGACUGGACUACACCGGGAGGAUGCACGAUCCCAGUAGCAGUGAAAUGUCUGAAGAACGAGGUUCUGGUCCAGCCGGAUGCCUUCAUGGACUUUGUGAAGGAAGUAAACGCCAUGCACCAGCUGGACCAUCCCAACCUGAUCCGCCUGUACGGGGUGGUGCUGUCCUCCCCUCUCAUGAUGGUAACAGAACUCGCUCCCAAAGGUGCUCUGCUAGACAAGCUGCGUAAGGCUGGCCACAGAUUCCCCAUCGCCACCCUGUGUGAGUACGCCAUCCAGAUAGCCAAUGGCAUGGCUUACCUUGAGUCUCACAGGUACAUACACAGGGACCUGGCAGCUAGGAACAUUCUACUGGCCUCUAACGAAGUGGUAAAAAUUGGAGACUUUGGUUUGAUGCGAGCGCUGCCACAAACAGAGGACUACUAUGUCAUGACGGAACAGAAGAAAGUGCCUUUUGCAUGGUGUGCACCAGAGAGUCUGAAGAGCCGCCAUUUUUCUCACGCCAGCGACACGUGGAUGUUCGGGGUCACCCUUUGGGAGAUGUUCACGUACGGGAACGAACCCUGGCUCGGGUACAACGGUACACAGAUCCUCCAGAAGAUAGACCAGGAGGGUGAGCGGUUACCCAAGCCUAGUGACUGUCCACAGGACAUCUACCAGCUCAUGAUGCAGUGUUGGGCGCACAAGCCCUGCGACAGACCCACGUUUGAAGCUCUCAAGGACUUCCUAACAGAGGCCAGACCGCCGGAGUACCGUGCAGUGAGUAAGUCUAAAGAUGAUGAUGACGGAAAACUUCCCAUGGACACCGGUGACAUCAUCACCAUCAUCGAGGGCAGAGCUGAGAACUACUGGUGGCGGGGGCAGAACCGAGGCACGCUGCAGAUCGGGCAGUUCCCGCGGAACCUGGUGGUGCCGAAGAGCGGUCGAGUGAUCGCCGACAUCAGCAAACCUCUGAAGGACAGCUUCAUCCACACUGGACACGGCGCCGGGGACACCAAGUCUGAGCAGUGGGGACAUCCCGAUCACAUAGACGAAGUGUACCUGCGAAACCCCAUGGACCCUCCUGACCUGCUGGGCAUAGAAGAACCCAACAGCCCCAUGAAGAGACUGCCUUUGGCAAACAGAAGACCUGUUUACGACGAGCCCCCGGAAAACGAGAGUGGGGAGUACGCUCGCCUGAAGAGACAGCCUUCCAACGCUUCUUCUGCCGGCAGCAAGAAGCAGCAACAACAACAGGAGAAGUCCAUGGGGAAGAGCAAAUUCUACAUCCAGAUCCCGUCCAAAGACUCCAAGAACAAGUCCAAGCCGAUGAUGCUGAUCGAUUUAUCGGAUGUAGACGGAAACGGCGAAAACGCAGGGACGAGAAGAACCACUUCCCCACCCCGGACGCUCCUAGACAGCUACCCCACCCCUCCCACGAGUCCUACCAAAACCCUCCCCAGACCCCUCAACCCCCAACCAGCAGGGAAAGAGGGAAGUGACAUGUACUGGGACACGAAACCUCUCCCCCCUAUCCCUGUUACAUACGACGAUGUACCAGAUGAGGAAGCCCUCGCGGCAUUGGCUAGCCGGGCUGCUGCAAAGGAAGCUGGAGUGGUUAGCAGCCAAUCGGAGAGGCUGUUACAAAGCAGAGGCGGGAGCGCGAAGGAAGGGAAGGUGAUGGAAGAGAGAGCGAUGGCUGCGUUUCUGUGGUUGAACAAUGAGAUGAUUGACGCGAUGAGAAGAUCGCAGACCCUGCCGCAGAACGUCAGACGGAAAUCGAAAAGCGCGGACGUGUCGCCGGAGCAGAGCCCCCGCAGCCGGUACCUCGCGACGACGCAGAUGGGGCAGCACGAUCACCAUGACGACGACUUUGAAAGUUCCGACAAGAAGCCGCUGCUUCCGCCGAGAGCGCGGGACAGCAACCGGUUCAUCACCCUCCCGACGAAGAUGAAAGCGAACGCGAAGAGAGACACUCAGACGCAGAAGUCCAACGACUCGAGCAAGUCCAACGACUCCGGGUUCGAGGGUUCGCCGAGAAACUCCUCGGAAGCUGCUACGGACGUUUUGGUGGACGUGAGCGCGGAGAGCAAACCGGAGAUUCCGCCGCGAAUCCCGCUCAGAAUUCCAAGCCAGCCGAUCGGCGCUACGUUACGAAGCCCGCGUCUCUCGGACUCUUGUGUGCCGUUCGAUCUUUCCCCGGAUGUAGAAGGGGACAUGUCCUCGUUGUCGAGUAGUGCACCUAGCCCAGUUACGCCACCCGUGUUUGAUGAAGGCGUUCCUCCCAUCCCCCCUCGGCUGCCAAUCCAGCCUCUCUCCCUCAACGCCUCGUGGCCGAGAAGUUUUGUAACUCAGGACGACACGAGUCUUGCUACGUCCGCAGCGGCUCACCGCUCCAGCUGGGACAAACCCUUCAUCUACCCCAUCACGAAAAAUGGACAGAAACUCAGCAACACCCACUACUUCCUCCUCCCAAAGAAGCCCGAAGACUUCGACCCGAACAACAGCAUGAACUUCUCCGUCAACGCCCCAAAGAGCCACCCGCCGAAAAUACCUCCUCCGCCGAACAUGGCGCACGUGCGGCCGCUCCCUCGCGAGGAGGUGAAACUACAGGCACAGACGCACCGCCCGGGCGAUCUCGGGGUGGAAAACGUUGCAUAUAGAACUAGCUCGACUAACCUGGAGGUCCCGUUGCUGCCCCCGCCCCCGAAGGCCGACUCGUUGCGCCCGGCGGCUACACUCCCGGCGCGAAGGUCAGUGUCCCAGCCGAACGACGAAAGUGUGCAGAAGUCGACUGGUGUAGAAACGGAACGAAGACGGUCGCGGACGCCAGACUCCUUCUCCUCGGUCAAGGAGACGAUGGCCACGAGCGGCCCUCAGGAAAAGGUCUACCAGGUUCAAAUGAGUGUGCAUGGAGUGACGACAGAUGAGUGUGAGCACGCUCUCAAGAACAACAACUGGGAGGUCAAGAAGGCUAUUGACUACCUCAAGGUUGAGCAGCUGUUUCGGAUCGGCGUCCAGUCGAGAGACCGGUGCCAGAAGAUCCUGGAGGCCUUCAACUGGAACCUGGAGCAGGCCAGCUCCGCACUGCUGGAGGACUGGAACACCAGAUGACCUCUGAACUCUGACAUGUAGGGGCAAGGGGCACGACCUCUGACCUGCGACCUCUGAACUUUGGAUUCAAGUGGAGCACAAGAGAAAGGGAUAUGAUGUUGUUCCCGUGGUUAUAAUUGUUUUGAGCAAGCAAAUCAAGAUCUGUCUGGUGUGAAAGAAAGUUUUUGAGUGACUGUUACAGUUGUCAAAAUGUGUUGAAGACUCCCAGUCUUGGUUUUUGUUUAACCCCCAUGUUACUAUGAGCUCAACUGAGUCCCUAGAAUUGCAAAGGUUGCCGCUGAACUCAGCAGUUAAUGGGUUAAAUAUUUACUUUUGGAUGGAGCUAACGUUUCAGUCAAUUUUUCACUGAACAGAUGAAAGUAAAUUUCAUUUUGUAAUGGGGAUAAGCCCUCAGCCACUUGUGAAACUAAGUUAUACUUUUGUUUUCACACACUUGAACGCUUGCAAGUUGCAUCACUGGAGAAAACUGUAUAUUUUCCCGAAUCAGAGUAAAAAGGCACAUCGAUUGCGUGCCUUUCCCAAAUGUCAUGUAAAGCUAACUUACCUGCCGUAAGUUGAGAGAGUGAUUUUGACAAAAUUACUGUGAAGAAGAAUUGUGCAUGAUAUGAGGAGAAUAUUGAAGAUGUAAAUUUAAAACCAAUGAAAAUAAUUUUCUCGUUGUAACAACAUUUACAUGUAUGAGAUUAUGAAGGUUUGUGUAUCUUGUAACACAGUACACAGUAUAAGUGCAUAGUGUAUGAUAUCUGUCGUCUUUAUUUGCAAGAGGCCAGACUGUAUUUUACGCAAGUUGUGUGUAGUAAGAAUGAAGUGUUGCACCUUUUUCAGAAUAUGUAUGUAAAAAGUAAAAAGGGUCUAAAAAUGUGGUGAAGAGAGGUGAACACAGUAUAUUGUUUAACAGUACAUGUUUGUAUAGCGUUGGUACUAUGCACAGCAAGGUGGUUAGUCUAUAGAUGUACAUGGGUCAGAUUUUUCUUGCUGCAGUUAUGUUGUUGAUAGGGAAGGGACUACAUGUAAACUUUGGUUUCAAUACAAAGUGAAAUCUGAUUUAGGCUACACGAAUCCUUUUCUUUGGUUUUGAAAUGGAAAAAACAGCAACCAAAAAAUUAGGUCAGUGUGAAAGUUUAGUCCAUUUCACAUUGUUUUCAUGCCAAUGUUGGUAUUAAUUUGAGCUACAGGAAAGAUGUCUGUAAGAUAGCGAGAUAACUACGUAUUGCCACUUGUAAACUUGUAACAAUACUGUGACAUUUGCUGGGAAUAAUUUGUGUCCAUUUUGUACAGAGGCCUGUGGUAGUCUAUCCACUCCAAAUUUCCAGACAGUAUCUUGUUAUGUGUAAUAUGGGUAUAUAUAUACAUAUAUAUAUAUUAAAAGGGGUUCCUUGUUGCAUGGUAUUUGUGAAAAGAUGUACUAGGUAUGAUUUUGUUCGUUUUAGGUAAAUUUUUGAUUGUCAGAAGCUUGACUAUGCUGUGCAUAUUAGAUAUGACAAUGUUACUACUUGGACUGUAUGAAUGUGUUUCAGGCUAUAUGGUGGGGUGAACAUUCUUAGUGCAAUUCACUCUGUAUGUUAUGUGGAGGCAAAGCAAGUAUUUCUUUGUUCUGUAAUGUUAGGUACAUGUAGGAUGGAGACACACAGUAUGUAGGAUAGGCCCUGACAAGCACAUUUCAGUGUUGUAUUGUCUUGUUUGAUAUUUUGCCUGUUGUACAUUUAGCAAAACAUUUUCUGUUUUUUCAAGCUAAAUCUAUUCAUUUCUGUUAAUCUCGCACAGACCUUUCUGUCCUCUAUUCUGUUUAGAAUUAGUAGUUGCCCAGAUAGUAUAAUGAGGAACAAACCAAAUGUAAUCUAGACAGUAUCAACGUUGUCACUAGUUAAUGUAUGUUUAUUAUCAAUGCCUGGUCCACACUAUUCAAAUAAUUUGCUUCCACGACCAUUGUGCUAUGCUAACUACAACUAAGUUUCAACCUUCUCACUGUUAAAGAUAUAUCAGUGGACCAGAUACAUGUACAUGUUUUGGCUAAAAAAAAUCAGAAAGGAAGCAGUUAAUCAUUCACAAGGAAAUUGUUACACGC